AUGGAGAAGAACUUGCAGAAAUAUUUUCCAUCCAAAGCGAUCCUAUCACUGUUCUACAAUGCAGCAACUACCUACAAACAGGCAGAGUUUCGUACCUAUAUGUCACAGAUACAACAACUCGAUCCAAAAGCUGCAGAAUACAUAAAAGAAGAACCACCGGAAAGAUGCGCACGUUCAUUCCACACCAACAGGCGUUACAACAUACUCACAACAAACAAUGUCGAGACAAUGAAUUUUGUAUUGAGGAAAGCAAGGGAGUUGCCAAUAAUGGCAUGUAUUGAUUACAUCCAGAACAAGCUGCAAAAUUGGUUUUACCAGAGAAAAUUGGACGCAACAGGACCGUCCCAUGACCUGACAUGUUGGGCUAAAAAGAUUCUUCUUGAAAAGAUAAGUAGAGGCUUCACAAUGAAAGUAGAAAACAUAACUCCCGUCAAAUUUGUUGUGAAAGAUGAAGGAUAUCAAUACAAUGUAGACCUGAAGAAUAUGACUUGUGAGUGCUUGGAGUUCCAAACUGACGAGUUACCGUGCACACAUGUCAUGGCAGUUAUAGACAAAAGAAGUUUGCCAAAAUCUACAUACUGUGCGGACUGGUUCAAGAAACAAGCCUACCAAGAGACAUACAAAGGUCAAAUACUAUCAGUUGAAAAUCAUGACUCAUGGAUUAUUCCACAAAACAUUAUGGAUAUUAAAAUAACGCCGCCUGAUGUUAAAAUAAGACCUGGAAGAAAACAAACAAAAAGAUAUCACCCAAGAAGAGAAUCGACAAAGUACACAUACAGAUGCGGUAGAUGCAAGUUCUUUGAACACCAGAGGGAAACCUGUAACCACAGUCCAGCUCUCAAUCCAUAUUCAAGAAGAUACAGGAAGAGGAAAUUGUCAUCCUAA